AUGAAGGUAUCUUCUAUGCUGCUAGGAACACUAGCUGCUUUGUCAACUGUGGUUAAUGCUGUUCCCUUAUUUAAUCUUGAAUUGACUUUGGAUACCACCGUUUUCACUCCAUCUGAUGCUAAAUUGAUUGUUGAUUUUGCAAGACAAUUGACUUUGAUUGACCAAUUCAAUGGAACAAACACCACCAAAUGUGACAAAUGUAUCAAAAGAUUGCAAUUGGGUAAAACAAUCACCAUGACCAAACCAAAUUUGGUGUAUCCCGUUUUUACCAAAUGGUGUAUUGAUAACAAAGUUGCUAAUAAAGUCACCUGUGAAACCAACUAUGGUAGAAAUACCGUUGACAACUCCACGUUUGGUACAAAUUUUGCCAACAUGCUCUACUUGAUGGACCCUUCAAGUUAUGAUGGUCAAUUAUAUUGUCAUUUCCAAGAUACAAAAUCAUGUCCUUUACCAAAAACUCCAAAGGUUGAUCUUUCAGGUUACUGGCCUCCAAAACAACCAAAACAUCACGUUGCUCCAACUCCUGGUAAUGAAACUUAUAACGUCUUACAUGUUAGUGAUUUCCAUAUUGAAUUAAACUAUCAAAUUGGUGCUGAAGCUAACUGUUCAAGAGGGAUGUGUUGUACCCCAUAUAGUAAGAAUGCAGCUAAAUUACCGCAAGGUUAUUCAUUUACUGCUAAUUUGACUGAAGAUCAAAUUGGUAACUUGUCAUAUACUCCAGCUUGGUAUGAUGAAGAUAAUGAAUUACAAUAUGGUGAGCCGGUUGAUGUUUUCAAGAAUGGUUCUGAUGUUUGGUAUCCAGCUAACACGUUUGGUCAUUAUGAAUGUGAUGCUCCACCAGUGUUGGUUAACAGUUCUUUGAACUCCGUUGCAAAAUUUCAAGAAGAAUUGGAUCUUGAUUUCAAAUUUUCAAUCUUUACAGGUGAUUUAGUGGAACAUGAUGAAGCUCAAUAUAAAUCACAUGAAUUUGUCAUUGAAUCUGAAGAAAUUGUCUUCCGUGAUAUGAAGAAAACUUUGAAAGGUAUCCCUGUGUUUUCAGUUUUGGGUAAUCAUGAUACAUUCCCAUAUGCCCAAUUAGCUCAAGAGAAAUCUGGCUUUGGUAAUUUGUUUGAUUGGAACGCUGACUUGAUGGCUGACAUGUGGGAAGAUUAUGGUUGGAUAAAUAGCACUACUGCCCAACAUGUUAGAAAACAUUACUCUGGUUUUGCUGUCACAACUUCAACUGAUUUGAAAAUCAUUGUCUUGAACUCUAAUGCUUACUAUGUUAAGAAUCUAUAUAUGUAUUGGAAUGCUACUGAUAUUGAUUCGUUUGGUCAAUUCCAAUUUUUAAUUGAUGAAUUAGUUGAUGCUGAAGCUAAAGAUCAAAGAGUUUGGAUCAUGGCCCAUAUUCCUUUCAUCAAAGAAGCUUUACCAUUACCAGCUGAAGUUUUCACACAAAUCAUUAAAAGAUUUUCUCCUUACACAAUUGCCGGUAUCUUUUUUGGUCAUACUCAUUUGGAUCAAUUUAAUUUAUUAUAUGAUGGUGGUGUCGGAAAUAAGACUGAACAAAAUUUGGUUGCAAACGCAUGGAUUUCGCAAGCUCUUACACCAUUGACCGAAAAUAAUCCAGGUUGGAGAUACUACAGUAUUGAUACCAAAACUCAUAGUGUUAUGAAUUCAUUUAAUUAUUAUACCAAAUUAAAUGACACAUUCACUAAUGGUAAUGAAGAACCUAUUUGGGAAUUUGAGUAUUCAGCCCGUGAAGCUUAUGAAAGUGUUGCUGAAUGGCCUGACAAUGCACCAUUAAAUGCAACUUUCUGGCAUAGAGUUGCUACUGGAGUUAACAAUACUGAAGAAAUCGCCCAAACUUACAGCAACUACAAGAAAAGAUUUAGUCCUUUCACUCCAAACUGUAUUGGUACAGAUGAAUGUGAUGGGAGUUGGUGUUUCUUAUCUUCAUUUACAGCAAAAGACCACCAAGAGUGUAUGAAGAUGUAUGGUCAACCUGAUAUCUAUUGA